GCGUGGGCAACGCAGACAGACAUCUCUAAAAUGCAGCACUCAGCCGUCCACUCCAUUUCCCUCCUCGACUCCCUCCUCCUCCUCCUUCCAUCCUCCUCCUCCGACGCCGUCCAAACCAGAUCCCACGCUCGGCAACUCCACGCCCUCCUCCUCAAGUGCCACCCGCGCCCCUCUCCUCUCCUCUUCUCCCUCUACACCUACCUCGGCCUCGUCGGCGACGCCCUCCGCGCCUUCGCCUCUCCUCCCACCCCCUCCCCCGCCUGCUACGCUGCCGUUAUCCGCUGCUCCUCCGCCCGCGGCCUCUUCCACCACUCCCUCUCCGUCUUCGCCCGCCUCCGCUCCUCCGGUGCUCCCCUACCCCACGCCCUCCUCCCCUCCGUACUCAAGUCCUCCGCCGCCCUUAGGGACCCGCGCCUCGCUGAAACCCUUCACGGAUUCUUGAUUCGCUCCGGUUGGCUCUCCGACCUCUUCUCCUCCAAUGCCCUCAUGAACACGUACUGCAAAUUAUGCCAUGAUGCCGACGACCACGCGCGGACGACCACAGCUGGUGUUUCUAAAUGCUUGCCAAAAUUUGACUGUUUGGGAAGCGUCAGAAAGGUGUUCGACGAAAUGCCUGAACGAGAUGUCGUCUCGUGGAACACUUUGAUUGCAGGGGCUGCGGAAGUUGGAAUGUAUUUUGAAGCUUUAUCCAUGGUCAGGGACAUGGGCGUCUCUGGUCUGAAGCCUGAUUCAUUCACUUUGUCGAGCAUUCUUCCAAUCUUUGCUGAAUAUGUUGAUGAUUACAAGGGAAUGGAGAUUCAUGGCUUUGCAAUAAGGCACGCAUUUGAUUCAGACGUGUUCAUCGGGAGUAGCUUGAUCGACAUGUAUGCCAACUGCACAAAUGUGGAAUAUUUAUGCCGUGUGUUCGAUAAUUUACCCAACCCUGAUUCCAUAUCAUGGAAUUCGAUUAUAGCUGGUCUAGUACAAAAUGGCAUGUUUGAUGAGGGGCUCAAAUUGUUCCGAAAGAUGCUGAUUCUUCAGAUAAAGCCAAUGUCAGUGACUUUCUCAAGCAUCAUGCCUGCUUGUGCUCACUUGACUACAUUGCAUCUCGGAAAGCAGCUUCAUGGUUAUGUCAUUCGAGGUGGAUUCGAUAAGAAUGCUUUCGUAGCCAGCUCGCUUAUUGAUAUGUAUGUGAAAUGUGGAAAUAACCGUAUUGCUCGGCGAGUCUUUGACAGGAUACAAUCUCCGGAUAUCGUCUCAUGGACUGCAAUGAUUAUGGGAUACGCCUUGCAUGGACCAGCAAAAAAAGCACUAUCACUGUUCCAGCAGAUGGAGAUGGAAAAUGUGAAGCCUAAUCAUGUGGCAUUUGUGGCAGUAUUAACUGCUUGUAGCCAUGCUGGUUUAGUCGACGAGGCUUGGGAUUACUUCCAUAGAAUGUCUAAGGAUUACAGGAUCACUCCCAGAUUGGAGCAUUAUGCAGCUGUUGCUGACCUUCUUGGUCGAGCUGGGAAGCUGGAUGAAGCCUAUGAUUUUAUUUCCACCAUGCACAUAAAACCUACAGCAAGUGUUUGGUCUACCUUGCUGGCAGCUUGUAGGGUUCAUAAGAAUGCCGAAUUAGCUGAGAAAAUAGCUCAAAAAAUCUUUGAGAUUGAGCCCAGAAACUUGGGAUCGCAUGUUCUCAUGUCAAAUAUUUAUUCAGCUGCUGGUAGAUGGAAAGAAGCGACCAAAGUAAGAAUGACGAUGAAACACAAGGGGAUGAAGAAGCAACCGGCUUGUAGCUGGAUCGAAGUGCAAAAUGAUUUACAUGGAUUUGUGGCGCAUGAUACAUCUCACCCAUGGUAUAAUGAGAUAAUAAAGGCAUUAGAAGUUUUAAUGGAAUUAAUGAAACGUGAUGGUUAUGUACCUAACACUGAGGAUGUGCUGCAUGAUGUCGAAGAAGAGCAGAAGAGGCAUAUGCUAUGCGGUCACAGUGAAAGGCUUGCGAUAGCAUUUGGCAUAAUAAGAACUCCUCCAGGAACUACCAUUAGAGUAACAAAGAACCUUCGAGUAUGUGUUGAUUGUCAUACCGCAACAAAAUAUAUCUCAAGGAUUGUUGGAAGGGAGAUAGUUGUUAGGGAUUUGAACCGCUUCCACCAUUUCAAGGAUGGGGAUUGUUCGUGCGGGGAUUAUUGGUAACUAAAGCAAAGAUAAAAUCACCAAGAGAAUUAAACAGUUAGUGGUUAUUGGCGUAAAUUAGAUUUGGUACAUGUUCUGAAAUACUUGAUAUGUUCCACCCCUUUAGUUGCUUGUGGAAACUAACUGCUGAAAGUCUUCAGAUUUUCUAUUUGAAGAAUUGGGGAAAGGCGGUGAUAUCUGCUCUUAUGUUCUAAACUGUUGCCUUUCAUUGAGACAACUAGAUGUUUUAGGAUGGCUGAUCAUGAAUUAAGCAAUCACGGAUACUCUUUGAUCUACAUGCCCCUGAACAUACUCUGUGAUCCAUUGAAUUUGAUCUUCUGCACAAUCAAGAUUUCUGCGACAUCAAGAUCUUCUGCCUUCGCCCUUUAUACAUUCUUAUGGCAUUAAUGUUAAGUUUCUAUGAUUUGUUUAUUUUCUUGUUGAUAUACACGCCAUAGAAGAUAAGGAAUUUGUCAGGGGAAAUGAAGAAAUAUGACAAGGAAAUGCAUGUGUUGGGCUUCAAGGUUUAGAGAAUCGUUUUGCAGGUUUGUCCUUUUUUCAAUGAUUGCUUAAAAACUAUUAAGUUUUAUGGAUUUGUGAUACUUUCUUAGUUCUUAUUCA